AUGGGUAUCUCGCGUGACUCUCGACACAAGCGCUCCGCCUCCGGUGCCAAGCGUGCCUACUACAGGAAGAAGCGCGCUUUCGAGGCUGGUCGCCAGGGUGCCAACACCCGUAUUGGCCCCAAGCGCAUCCACACCGUCCGAACCCGAGGUGGUAACCACAAGUACCGUGCCCUCCGUCUCGACUCCGGUAACUUCGCCUGGGGUUCCGAGGGCCUGACCCGCAAGACCCGUGUCAUUGCCGUCGCCUACCACCCUUCCAACAACGAGUUGGUCCGAACCAACACCCUCACCAAGAGCGCCGUCGUCCAGGUUGAUGCCGCUCCCUUCCGACAGUGGUACGAGGCCCACUACGGUCAGGCUCUUGGCCGAAGACGCCAGAAGGCCCAGGCCGCCAAGGAGGGCAAGACCGAGGAGGAGGUCAAGAAGUCCAACGCCGUUGAGAAGAAGCAGGCUGCUCGUCUGUCUGCCCGCGGCAAGGUCGAGAGCGCCAUCGAGAAGCAGUUCGAGGCCGGUCGAUUGUACGCCGUUGUUUCCAGCCGACCCGGCCAGUCCGGCCGUGUCGAUGGUUACAUCCUGGAGGGUGAGGAGCUCGCUUUCUACCAGCGCAAGCUCCACAAGUAA